GCUCUCACUGCAGGGCUUCCUUUGUGUUUGAGGCAGCGGCUGCAUCAUGGACAGAGUUUUGCUGUCUUUGUAAAGUCCGUCUUUGUAUCAGAGAGUUUUUAAGGACCUGAUGAAAUCUCCAGCCAAAAUGGUGGCCACCCAGUGUCUGCGCUGCUGCACUGUCGUUCUGUUAGUGCUAUUCGAGCUGGCUCUUGCCCAGUACGAACACCUCGGCUACCCGCCGGGCUACCCCGAGCCGGAACAGGAACAGUACACUGCCCCGCAGCUGACGCCGGACACGCCCAGGAUUCAGCUCCGGCUGGCGGGAGAUAAGAGGAAACACAACGAGGGCCGGGUGGAGGUUUUCUACAACGGCGAAUGGGGCACCGUUUGCGAUGACGACUUCACUAUCCACGCGGCUCAGGUGGUGUGUAGGGAGCUGGGCUACGUGGAAGCCGUCUCAUGGUCACCAUCCUCCAAAUAUGGGAAAGGAAUAGGACCCAUCUGGUUUGACAAUCUCCACUGCACUGGCAAAGAGAAGACCUUGGCGCUGUGUCCCUCCAAUGGAAUCGGCGUGUCGGACUGUAAACACAGCGAAGACGUCGGUGUGGUGUGCAGCGACAAGAGGAUCCCGGGAUUCAAAUUUGUCAACACCCUGCCCAACCACGUAGAGAACCUCGAUAUCCAAGUGGAGGACGUUCGCAUACGAGCCAUCCUGUCUUCGUACCGCAAGCGGAUCCCUGUAACAGAGGGCUACGUGGAGGUCAAGGAUGGCGGCAAAUGGAAGCAGAUCUGCAACACAGAGUGGACCCAGAAUAACGGCAGAGUCAUCUGUGGCAUGUUUGGCUUCCCCGGAGAGAGGAAGUACAACGCCAGAGUCUACAAGAUGUUUGCUCGCAGGAGAAAGCCCACAUACUGGGACUACUCUGUGAACUGCACAGGCAAUGAAGCCCAUUUGUCCAGCUGUAAACUGGGCCAGGCUACGUCUCUGAAGUCCAACGAGACCUGUGCUGGAGGGCUGCCUGUGGUGGUGAGCUGUGUGCCCGGCAGAGCCUUUGCCCCGACACCCAUGGCAGGAUUCAGGAAGGCCUUCAGACACGAGCAAGCGUUGGUUCGCCUCCGUGGCGGGGCCAUCGUAGGCGAGGGCAGAGUGGAGGUGUUGAAAAACGGAGAGUGGGGCACCAUAUGUGACGACAACUGGAGCCUGCUGUCUGCCACCGUGGUGUGUCGAGAGCUGGGCUACGGGACGGCCAAAGAAGCCCUGUCUGGAGGUCGCCUGGGACAAGGUAUGGGCCCGGUGCAUAUGAAUGAAGUGGAGUGCUCUGGAUUUGAGAAGUCCAUCACGGAGUGCUUCUUCAACAAGGAGGCCCUCGGCUGCAGCCACGAGGAGGACGCAGCUGUGAGGUGCAACGUUCCUGCUAUGGGCUUCCAGGAGUCGUUGCGUCUGAGUGGAGGUCGUAACCCCUAUGAGGGCCGUGUGGAGGUGCUGGUGGAGAGGAACGGUUCUCUGGUGUGGGGGACGGUGUGCAGUGACGGCUGGGGGACCAUGGAGGCCAUGGUGGUCUGCAGACAGCUGGGCCUGGGCUUCGCUAGCAAUGCUUUCCAGGAGACGUGGUACUGGCCAGGAGAGGUGAGCGCAGACGCUGUGGUGAUGAGUGGUGUUCGCUGCUCUGGCACUGAGAUGUCUCUGUCCCACUGCCUGCACCACGGAGCCCACCUCAGCUGCCCCAAAGGAGGCGGACGCAACGCCGCUGGAGUCUCCUGCUCCGAGACGGCUCCUGACCUGGUGUUGAACCCUCAGGUGGUGGAGCAGACCACCUACAUGGAGGACAGGCCCAUGUUCAUGCUGCAGUGUGCGUAUGAGGAGAACUGUCUGUCCUCCACCUCCAGCCAGGCACCAGCCAACUCCUACCGCCGCCUGCUGCGCUUCUCCUCCCAGAUCCACAACAACGGCCAGUCUGACUUCCGGCCCAAAGCUGGCAGACACUCCUGGGUGUGGCACGACUGUCACAGGCAUUAUCACAGCAUGGAGGUGUUCACGCUCUACGACCUGUUCAGCCUCAAUGGAACCAAAGUGGCAGAAGGACACAAAGCAAGUUUCUGCCUGGAGGACUCUGAGUGUGAUGAAGGCAUUGAAAAGAGGUACGAAUGUGCUAACUUCGGAGAGCAGGGUAUCACUGUGGGCUGCUGGGAUACCUACAGGCACGACAUCGACUGCCAGUGGAUCGACAUCACCGAACUCAAACCCGGAGAUUACAUUUUCCAGAUAGUAAUUAACCCCAACUACGAGGUGCCUGAGACGGACUACUCCAAUAACAUCAUGAAAUGCAGAUGUCGAUACGAUGGCCAUCGUGUGUGGAUGUACAGCUGCCAUAACGGUGGCUCGUUAAGCACUGAAACGGAGCAGACGUUCCCAGGCCUCCUCAACAACCAGGUGACCCACAGGUAAAGACGCAGCGGAGGAGAGGAGCCGCCCGGCCGUCACCCCUCCGGCAGGCGGGCCGUCUGAAGCCCACCGACCACUACACGUCUCCAUCUGUGGUGGAGUCCUCCUGCCGGCCCUGCCCUGGUCAAACCAUCUUUCUUACGUUCUCCCUCACCCAUGAGCCAACAGCGUUCUUUGACCCUCCACCCUGCUUUUCCCCCUCAGCAGACAGAAUAUUUGAUUGCCCCUCCUGUCCGAGCAGAGGCGGCUACAGCCUGGCCAACACUUCCAACCUCCCUGGUUAAGAUCAAGAGAACAGCGAGCUCCCUG